AUGCGAAAGAUUUUCUCUUGCAAGUCUUUACAUCGUAUUAUACAUGGUGGAUCCUACCACAACACUUUCCUUCUUAUAUUCUUUAUUCUUUCUUUCCUUUUUUCUUUCUUGUCUUCUUUCUUUUCAUUAUUUUUCUCUUUCUACCUUUCUUUCUUUUUUCCUCCUUUUUUAUUUGUUUUAAUUUCUUCAGUCACUUCUUUGUUCUCUUCUUUCAUUUGUGCUUCCGAUUUGAUUUUAUUUCUAUUCUUUUUCCAUCUUUGUCUCUUUCUUGCCUUCUUUAUUUCCUUACUUUUCUCCUUUCUCUUUUUCUACCUUUUUUUCUUUUUUUAUCUUCCUUUAUUACUUUCUCCUCUUCAUUCUUUUCUUCAUUUUAACUUCCGAUUUUCUUUUCUUUUAUUUCUAUUCUUUAUUCUUUUUUUCCAUCCUUAUCUCUUGUCUUCUUUCUUUCUUUCUUUUCCUCCUUUCUCUCUUUUUACCUUUCUUUCUUUCCGUUGUGGAUUCCGGGAUGAAAUCCGGGGUGAACCCUUAACACUUUCUUUUUCCUUUUUUAUCUGCCUUAAUUCCUUUCUUCUCUUCUUUGUUCUCUUCUUCAUUUUUUUCCCUGAUUUCUUUACUGUUACUUCUAUAUUUUAUUCUUUUCUUUCCAUCCUUAUCUUUCUUGCCUUUUUCCUUUUUUUUCCUUUUUUCUCGCUUUCUUUCUUUUUUUCUUGUUUCUCUUCCCUUUCUUUUCUUCGUUCUCUUCAUUUUUAUUUCCGUGUUUUUUUUUUCUUUUACUUCUUUUCUUUAUUAUUCUGUUCUUUCCAUCCGUAUCUCUUUCUUAUCUUUCUUUCUUUUCUUAUUUCAUCUCCUCCUCCCUUUCUUUUUUUUUCUUCUUCAUUUUCCAGUAAGAUUCAAACCAGAAUAAACCAUUCCGAUUUAUCUAUUUCUGUAUAA